UUAAACCGAGGAAAGUGUACAUUCCUCGAAGAUAAGCUGGAAUUUUUCGGACAGAUAUUUUCCAGAGAAGGCACACGACCUGACCCGAAACGGGUAAACGACUUACUCAAUGCUCCCCAGCCUUCUAGUGUUUCUGAAGUGCGUAGUUUAUUAGGCAUGGCUAACUACAGUAGCAAAUAUAUUCGUGACUUUGCGACUUUAACUGCCCCACUUAGAGAACUGACGAAAAAGAAUGCACGAUUUACAUGGUUGCCAAAACAUCAAGCAUGUUUUGACAAAUUGAAAGCAACCUUAGCAUCAGCACCAUGUAUGUCAUACUUUGCUAAAGACAAAGAGACACUGGUCAUUGUAGAUGCUAGUCCCGUGGGCAUCUCAGCAAUUCUAUCACAACAGGAACCAGGUACGAAUGAUCCUAAAAUUGUUGCAUAUGCAAGCAGAUCCUUAACAGACACAGAAACACGUUAUUCACAAACAGAAAAGGAAGCUUUAGCAAUAAUUUGGUCUGUCGAACAUUUUCAUUUGUUUUUAUAUGGUAGCCAAUUCACUCUAGUUACAGAUCACAAACCGUUAGAAGUGAUUUAUGGAAGUCGAAAGGCGAAAGCUUCAGCAAGAAUCGAGCGCUGGAUCCUUCGACUUCAGCCAUACUCGUACUCGUACCCAAAUAACAUCCUUCUUUGUUGGAUGUUAUUUAGGCUCCUCGUCAAGAAAUUGCUUGCAGUCGAAAGCAAGUAG